CGUCGCACUUGAAUUUCGAACGUAUAGACAAUGACAGUUAAGUGAGUAGCUCAUGUGUAUAAUGUACCCAACGGAAAAUAUAAAACAUGGACUAAAAAUAAAUCCGUUUAUAAAGGAAAAUAUGUUGAAAACUAUUCAGAAUCUGUGCUAUAAUAACACAAAUGUAAACAAUUUUAACAUGUCAUCGCCGUUUUUGGUUGACAAUAUUUUGCAUCAACAAAAAUCGGUGAUACAUAAUCAAUAUUUGAACCAAUUGGAGUUCCUACAACGUUCCAAUUUCGAAAGAUCCAGAGAGAAUUCACCAGAUAUAGAGGAGAGUAAAAUGCCUGAACCAGACGACGACAGGAACGAGGAAACCGUAGACAAAGUAGACGACGACGAUUCUAAAAGCGAUGAAGGUUUUGUCAAGCACGAGGUGUAUUACAACGAUUAUUAUCGUAAUGAAGAUCGCGAGAAAGAGGUUUUGAAUAUUCCAAAUUUGAAUCGCCGCUGUCAUUGUGGUUCAUUCGACUGCCCGCCGUUUUCCUGUAAAAAAUCUGGCAUCAGGCGUUUAGAAGAGCUAGAAAAAAGGUUCAAUUUAAAUAAUUAUCAAGAUAACUCCGACGAGGACGUUAGAGAAAAGACUGAGGACAUGGUAAAAAGUUGUGAUGAUUAUAAUGAACAGAAAAAACCGCUUUUGAAGUUUAGUGUCAGUGCCAUACUUGGGGAAGACACGAUGAAAACUAAUGUCAAUGAUUACAGACAAACGAUGGUGGGAAACCCAUGGCCGAUAGCAAAACCCAUUGCCAGCCGCCCAAUUCCAGUACAGCAUCAGCACUUGCAGCAUCUACUUGCGCACUGUCAUCAUCCAUAUUUAGCAGUGAGGCCUUCGCAAGCUCAUACCCAGGUCUUCCCGCUUCCGGGUGGAUUUCCAUGGGCACAUAGUUCUAGAGGAAAACCCCGCCGUGGGAUGAUGCGACGUGCGGUAUUUUCUGAUCUCCAAAGAAAAGGGCUGGAGAAGAGGUUUCAAGUCCAAAAGUACAUAUCCAAACCGGACAGGAAGAAAUUGGCCGAAAAACUCGGAUUGAAGGAUAGUCAGGUAAAGAUCUGGUUUCAAAAUCGCCGAAUGAAAUGGCGGAAUUCAAAAGAGCGCGAGCUACUAGCAUCUGGUGGGUCCAGGGAACAAACUCUUCCGAACAAAAACAACCCACACCCAGAUUUAUCAGACGCCGAGGCUGACAAGCAAAAGCUGUCACCAUUACCCGAAGACGAGGAAUUAAAAAAUAAAAUGUACGCGUCGACAUCGAACUGUCAAAACGACAGUUACCGCUUCGACGACAAGAUGGCGGCUAACAUGUUUACGCGGGAAAACUAUCAAAAUGAACUCGAUGAUUUUGAGAGUGAUAGCGCAUCUGACGAGGAGAUAAAUGUGACAUGACCUGUUUUAGUAUAAUUGUAUAAAUCUAUAUUUAUAAUCC